AUGUCUGAAUCACCGUCAUCUGCCGCGUCGGUGCUGAACUUCAAUGCGCUGUUUGACAAUCCCCUGUUUGCGGGAGGCAUUGGCCUCGCCUCUUUAGGUGCCGCCGCAGCAUUUGCUCGCAAGGGAUCGAUUGCCCUGCUUGGCGCUGCUCGCCGUCGCCUUCUGGUCAACGUUGAGAUCAGCAAACAGGAUCCGGCAUAUCCCUGGAUUCUGGCAUGGCUCUCACAGCCGCGAGAGACACCGGGCUUCGUUGCAUCUCGGCUUACACGAAUCCAUAAUCUAUCAGUGGCCACGGCGACAGGCGCAAGAGGACCAGGAGCAACCGGGCCAGUCAACGCUCAUUUCUUUCUUCAGCCUGGAUAUGGACGGCAUAUCGUCAAGUUUGGCAAGGCCUUCAUCUCCGUCAACAGAGAGAAGCACAACACUGCCAACAUGAACACGGGAGAGCCGCAUGAGAUUGUCCAGCUAACGACUCUCUGGGCGCACCGUUAUGUUUUUGAAGAUCUCUUCAGAGAGGCGCAUCAGCUAGCCGCAAAGGCAAACGAAGGCAAAACUGUGGUAUAUUCUGCACGUGGGCUUGAAUGGACUCCGCUUGGCGAUCCCCGAAAGAAGAGGCCGCUUGGAUCAGUCAUACUGGACGAGGGCAUCAAGGAGAGCAUCGUGGCCGAUGUCAAGGACUUCUUAUCAAGGCAGCAGUGCGGCAAAAGUUCUUUCAUCCAAGCGCUGGCGGGAGAACUCGACUUUGGCGUUGCCAUGAUCAACCUCAGUGAAAUGGGCAUGACCGACGAUAAACUGGCGUACCUUUUAACCAAGCUGCCGAAAAGAAGUCUACUCUUGUUGGAAGAUGCCGAUGCCGCUUUCGUCAACCGGCGCCAACGAGAUACCGACGGAUACAGCGGCGCCAAUGUUACCUUUUCUGGUCUCCUUAAUGCGUUGGACGGCGUGGCUGCCGGAGAAGAACGCAUCGCAUUCCUCACCACCAAUCACAUUGAGCGUCUAGAUCCUGCACUGAUCAGACCGGGUCGAGUGGACAUGAUGCUGAAGAUUGGCGAGGCAACCCCGUUCCAGGCUGCGCAGAUGUGGGAUCGAUUCUAUGGCGAUGUUGAUCAGGAUCACUCUGGCCGGGCACGAUUCUUGGAGCGUCUAGAGGAGCUGGGGUUAUUCGGAAAAUACAAGGACGGCCAGGCUUCCAACCGCCAUACGAGCGCCGCCGCUAUCCAGGGCCUAUUUCUGUUCAAUAAGAGCGAUAUGCACGGAGCUAUUGACAUGGCCGAGGGUCUUAUCCCAAGAAAUUUCGAGGCGGAAAACUCCGGCGUCGACGGCGCAACCAAGACGCCAGUGUAAAGGCUGAUGGCGAGAGACCAUCUGUGUACCAAUCAUGUAUUUUAUUUUGUACGAUUGAAGGAUACCCUGUUGGAAAUGGAACCAGUUGAUGGAUCAAUCGGGUCACGGAUAUGAUUAAUGAACAAGAAAGAAUUGUCGAGAAGGUUGAAAUGAAGGCAGAAUGGGCAUAGAAGGAAAAAGGUAUCAAUGUCUCAAGACGAUGCAAUGUCAAAUUUGGUAUCCA